AUGGGUAAGGUUCACGGAUCUCUCGCUCGUGCCGGAAAGGUUAAGUCUCAGACUCGUAAGUUACUAUUCAAAUCGAGUGUUGAGCCCCAGGAGAAGAAGAAGACCCCCAAGGGUCGCGCCAAGAAGAGGCUCACUUACACCCGCCGUUUCGUCAACGUCACCAUGACCGGCGGCAAGAGGAAGGUUAGAGGAAACGGACAUCCUUAUGAAGACGAAAUGCUGACCCGGUGCAGAUGA